UCGCUUCUCUCUCUGAAGCACGUACUGACCAUCAAAGUUCCAGCCUUUUUCGCGAAACGAAGUCUCUCUUUUUGAAGUGACAUUUUCUAUCCAUUUGGAAGAUGAUUAUGGAGGGAAUUCGGCUUUAGGGUAUGAUAGUAUCCAAGUUCUUGUUCUGGUUUGAAUCUCAAUUCCGCAGCUAUAGGUAGGAACAAUGGAAAGGGGGGGAUUAGGUUUAAGAUUUCAUCACUCAGGGACUACACCAUCUGCAGAAUCGGCUUUGGAUUUGGAAAAGGCAUAUGGAAACCAUCCAAAUCAACCCCCUUCUAGUACUAGUCCGCCGCCACAAACUUUUACAUCAAGUGGACAACACUCAGAAAGCAAUGCAGCUUAUUUCUCGUGGCCAACUUCUAGUCGAUUGACAGAUGCUGCUGAAGAUCGAGUAAACUACUUUAGUACUCUUCAGAAGGGUGUUUUACCUGAAACAUUGGGCAGAUUGCCCUCUGGACACCAAGCAACGACUUUACUUGAACUGAUGACCAUCAGGGCAUUUCACAGCAAGAUCUUGCGUCGUUUCAGUUUAGGAACUGCAGUUGGUUUUCGGAUUAGUCGAGGUGUAUUGACGGAUAUACCAGCUAUUCUAGUCUUUGUUGCUCGGAAGGUUCACAGACAAUGGUUAAGUCACAUUCAGUGUCUUCCAGCUGCUCUUGAGGGACCUGGUGGUGUAUGGUGUGAUGUUGAUGUGGUAGAGUUUUCCUACUUCGGUGCACCUGCAGCUACUCCAAAAGAACAAAUAUAUAAUGAGCUUGUGGAUGGGUUGCGUGGUAGUGAUCCAUACAUUGGCUCUGGCUCCCAGGUUGCUAGCCAGGAGACAUAUGGGACAUUAGGUGCAAUUGUAAAGAGUCGAACAGGAAACCAAGAGGUUGGGUUCCUCACUAAUCGGCAUGUGGCUGUUGACUUGGAUUAUCCAAGCCAGAAAAUGUUUCAUCCCUUGCCCCCAAGCCUUGGACCAGGGGUAUACCUCGGUGCUGUCGAGAGAGCAACAUCAUUCAUAAGAGAUGACCUUUGGUAUGACAUCUUUGCCGGAACAAACCCAGAAACAUUUGUUCGAGCUGAUGGAGCCUUUAUUCCAUUUUCUGAUGAUUUCAACAUAACGAAUGUGACCACAAUGGUCAAAGGCAUAGGUGAGAUUGGUCAAGUGCAUAUAAUAGAUUUGCAGUCUCCAAUCAAUAGUCUUAUAGGGAGACAAGUUGUGAAGGUUGGAAGAAGCUCGGGAUUAACUACAGGAACUAUAAUGGCUUACGCCUUAGAGUACAACGACGAAAAAGGAAUCUGUUUCUUCACUGAUUUCCUUGUUGUUGGUGAGAAUCAACAGACCUUUGACCUUGAAGGUGAUAGUGGAAGCCUCAUUCUUCUCACGAAUCAAAAUGGCGAGAAACCAAGGCCAGUUGGAAUCAUUUGGGGUGGAACAGCCAAUAGGGGUCGUUUAAAACUAAAGGUUGGGCAGCCUCCGGAGAAUUGGACUAGUGGAGUUGAUCUAGGACGCCUUCUUGAUCUCCUCGAGCUUGAUCUUGUUACAAGUAAUGAAGGGUUUGAAGCUGCACUUCAAGAGCAAAUCAACGCAUCGGCCUUAGGAAUGGAUUCGACGGUGGGAGAAUCAUCUCCACCUUUCCGGAUGCGACUCAACGAUAGAACAGGAGAGAAUCUUGUACCCAUUGAUAUGAACCUGGAGCAAGUUCCUAUUGAAAUUGAAUGUCAAAAGGGACAGAACUCUGAACACGUAUACAGUGGCAGUGAGUUUCAGUUCAAGACAGGUUCUGAAGCAACUGCAAACGUAGAACACCAGUUCAUUCCGAGCGUUGCUAGUAUUUCUCCAGUUCGUCAAAACAGCCUUAGAUUAUUUCAGGACCACGGAAAAUCAAGUACACUUGCAGCCUUGAGGGAUGGAACCGAUGAAGAAGAGAUGUAUGUUUCGCUGCAAUUAGGCGAGCCUCAAGCCAAGAGGUUGAAAGAAUCCGAUACUCCUCCUCCAUGAUAGCGAUUUAAGUCAAAAUAUCGCGAUGAUUUCUAAGGCGGGGUUAAUUGUUCAAUCGAGAUUACUGAAAUCCAGCUUAGUAAAACAAGAAUGUUCAAAAGACCAUCUUUUUUUCCCACUUUAAGUACUUGUUAUGUGUUCAGUGUUGUUCAUUUUGUCUUGUAACUUUUUUUGUAUAACUUUUUUUCACCCAUUAGGGUUUCCUAUUUAUAUAUAUAUGGGUAUAAAUGUUGGUAUCUUUGUAGAUGAACCCUAUUUGUAAGUCUUUGGAAGGUACUUUGUAUAUUCCUUCAUUAAUUUAUAAAUCCUUUUGUCAA